CAAAUAUGACUUUACAUUAUUAACACACAAUAUAAACCCUAAUCUUGGAAUUCUAAGUCCCUCUCUCUAGCCGAGCUUUCUCUCUCAACCCUCUCAUUCUCGCCGCAUCUGCAACAACCAGAUUAGCGACCAUGGUGGCGGCUAAGAAGACGAAGAAGACUCAUGAGAGCAUCAACAACAGAUUGGCGCUUGUGAUGAAGAGUGGAAAGUACACUCUCGGCUACAAGACUGUCCUCAAGACUCUAAGAAACUCCAAAGGUAAACUUAUUAUUAUUUCUAACAAUUGCCCACCUUUGAGGAAGUCUGAGAUCGAGUACUAUGCUAUGCUUUCCAAGGUCGGAGUCCACCAUUUUAAUGGAAACAAUGUUGAUUUGGGAACUGCAUGUGGAAAGUAUUUCAGGGUCUCAUGCCUUAGCAUUGUUGAUCCAGGUGAUUCUGAUAUCAUUAAGACACUCCCUGGAGAUAAAUGAGUUAGUUAGCCAUAAUUAUCUUAUGUGAAAGGCCUUUAUCUUCUUCAGACACUACUUUGAACUAUUUUCAUCAAUUUUUAUUUAUGAGAUUUUGUUAGUGAAAAGUUAUUUUUGUUAUUCAUCAGACAAAUAUUUGUGUUAUGGAGGAAGACCUUAAUUCCAUUUGCAUGUGUUGAUGAACUG